ACGUUUUUGGUCCGGGAAUACCUAUUUAAUGCUCAGUCGAGGAAGCGUAGUUUUGAUUUUGAUUCGGGUUUCGCUCUAUUAUCCAAUCCUCCGGAACUUUGAAGUCUCCAGGGAGAAUUACAGCAUCAAAAAGGCAGUCCAAGAAUUUUAAACAUCAUAACAAAGAAGGAAAGACCAAGAGAAAUCGCCCCUCAAUUUCUUGAGCUACCGGAUUGAAGCUCUGAAUCUAAGAACCAUAUUCACGGGAAAGAAAACAGGAAAUUAAGACAAUCAGAUUCAAGUUGGUUGGAAGAAUAAUUUAUGCGCAUUGUUGGAAUUGACGCGAUUGAAAGCAAGGCUUCAACUUCAAAGUCUGUUUCUUAGUCUUCCAAAGGUUAACAGGUUCAUUGGCAACUGACGAAAUGAAUGUAGUGGGUAAAGUUGGAAGCCUGAUUAGCCAAGGCGUUUACUCAGUUGCUACCCCUUUUCACCCCUUUGGUGGAGCCGUUGAUGUGAUUGUUGUUCAGCAGCAAGACGGGACAUUUCGAAGCACGCCAUGGUAUGUUCGGUUUGGUAAAUUUCAGGGUGUUCUCAAAGGCGCUGAAAAGAUUGUGCGUAUAAAUGUUAAUGGUGUCGAAGCAAACUUCCACAUGCAUCUUGAUAAUUCAGGGGAGGCUUAUUUUGUGAAGGAGGUGGAUGAUGACAAGGGAAUGGAGUCAAAUGGAAUUGUUGAAGAUAACAAUAACUCUGAAUUUGCCCGAGAGGACAGUGGUAUGGAAAUUGAUAAUACUCAUGCUCACAGAGUUGCCCACAGUGUCUCUGAUUCGGGGGUGCUUGCUUUGAAAGAUGAAAAUGAAUCUUUUGAUGUGCCUCGAAUUCAAAGAACAGAAUCCGAUAGUGGUAGGAGAUAUUAUGAUUUCCAAGAUGAGCAAUCUUCUUUUGAAGGUUCAAUUGAGUUGUCAGAAUACGAGUCAAAUCCAUACGAGACUCUAGAUGGAGAAAAUUAUGUUGAUUCACAGGACUCUCAUCCGGAAAUGGUAUUGUUUAGCGUGGAUGGUCAUGUAUUGACGGCUCCUAUUUCUGAAUCAGAGCAGAAUACAGACACUCUGCGGUUAGAAACUCCUCAAUUUCAUCUUGUUCCAGGUGAAGGGACUGAGUUUUGUGAAGACAAUGGAGAGUUUAUUUCUGGUGAGAGUGCCUGGCCUGCUGAUUAUAUCAGUCAGAUAGAUGCCUCAACGGCUGAUAUUCCGACCAGUAGCCAUCACAACACUAAUGGUGAUGAUAAUAUUUCUGGACUCCAGCAGGAGGGUCACCCGGAAGAGGAUGGAUGUCAAGCACAGGAAACCUUAAGGGUUGAAAGUCAAGAACAAGGCCGUCAUAUACAAAAUGACUCAGUAGAGGGUGCCUCUGGUAUCACAAGGAAUAAUGUUUUCAAAAGCUGUUUGGAGUUGCAAGAAUUUUCGCGUAUGGCUCGGAAUGCUGAUUUACUCGAUAAAGAUUCUUCAUUGGGGGAUCAGCAUUCAGCUGAGGAUACUAACACAAUACGCCCAGUUGUCGUUGAGAAUGAAGAGGGGAGGCUGGCACUCUCUAAAUGUGACGGUGAGUUGUCUCCUUCUGAUGUUUCUGCAUCUUCCGAUGAUCGUAGAUCUUCAGAAUUAAGACCACAAGAUGUAGAGAAAAAGGGAUCAGGAGAAGUUGAAACUAACUCAGGCAGACAUUCUGUUUCUGAUAUUACCAUAUCAAAUGAUGAACAUACAGGCAAGUCAGCAUCAACUGAAGGGCUAGAUGAUAUUCAAUGUACCCUCGUGCCUGAAAAUCAUAUCAGUAAAAGUGAGAUGGUGGAAACUCAAACAGCAGUCUCCAGUGAAGAGGCCCAUAGUCAUCCAGGUUUGGGAUUUGAUAUCUCACUUUGUGGCCAUGAGCUAAAGGCGGGCAUUGGUUUGGCUGCCGCUGCUAAAGCAUUUGAAGCACAUCGGAUAUCUCCAGAUGAAUUUAAAGCUUCUGCCCCAUCCAUAAUUAAGAAUGAAAAUCUCAUUAUAAAGAUCAAUGGGAGGUACUUACCAUGGGAAAAGGCUGCUCCCCAUGUUCUAGGAAUGGCCGUCUUUGGUUUAGAUUUACCUGUUGAGCCCAAUGACACAAUUCCUGUGGAGCAGGAUGAUGCACUAAAAUCCAGGGAUGAUGAUCAUGGAUCUGCCUGGUCUGGGCGAAGAUGGAGACUUUGGCCUAUACCUUUUCGAAAAGUAAAAACAAUUGAGCACACCAGUAGCAAUUCAUCAAAUGAUGAUGUUUUUGUGGACUCUGAGUCUGGUUUGCAGAAUUCUCUUGGAGAGCCAACUCCAACAGCUGGGAGCCACAGGUCUCCUCGCAAGCAAUUGGUGAGGACAAAUGUGCCCACUAAUGAUCAAAUAGCAUCUUUGAAUCUAAAUGAAGGUCAAAAUUUAGUAACCUUCAGUUUCUCUACCAGGGUUCUUGGAAAACAACAGGUCGAUGCUCAUAUAUACUUAUGGAAAUGGAAUGCAAGAAUUGUAAUUUCAGAUGUUGAUGGAACUAUUACCAAGUCUGAUGUUUUGGGACAGUUCAUGCCUUUAGUUGGUAAAGAUUGGACUCAAUCUGGAGUGGCAAGGCUUUUUUCUGCCAUCAAAGAAAAUGGAUAUCAAGUUCUGUUUCUGAGUGCCCGUGCCAUUGUCCAAGCAUAUCUAACCAGGAACUUUUUGCUUAACCUGAAACAGGAUGGAAAGACAUUACCAAAUGGUCCUGUGGUUAUUUCACCUGAUGGAUUGUUCCCCUCACUUUACCGGGAAGUCAUAAGAAGAGCACCUCAUGAGUUCAAGAUCGCUUGUCUUGAGGAUAUUAAAAGACUUUUUCCUGCUGAUUACAACCCAUUCUAUGCCGGAUUUGGCAAUAGAGACACAGACGAACUUAGUUACAGGAAGAUUGGAAUUCCAAAAGGCAAAAUAUUUAUCAUUAACCCCAAGGGCGAAGUUGCCAUAAGUCAUCGGAUCGACGUGAAGUCUUAUACAUCAUUACACACUCUUGUCAAUGACAUGUUUCCCCCUACUUCUUUGGUAGAGCAGGAAGACUUCAAUUCAUGGAACUAUUGGAGAAUGCCAUUGCCUGAUAUUGACUAGUUAUUGCUGAAGGUGGCUAUAGCUCUCUCUGACAAGGAUCUCAGUUGGUAUGGGGCCGUCCAAGUUUUUAACAGAAAUGCCAAACAUUCCUCAAGCGACCCAUCUAGACGCCAUGAUUGAUGAUUGGAAUGUGCCUUUCUGCACUCAAAGUUCAUUCUUUGGAAUAAGCUCUGGGCUUGUUUUUGAUCUCCAUUAUUCUUGAUUCGUGGUAGUUCAUGCGUAGGCAGAAUCAGAGAACAUUUCUCAAUCGCCUUUCACCAAAGCAAAAAAUUGUAGAAAAUUUGGUUGACACAUCAUUCUAAAGCAAACCUUGUACUCUUCUUCUUUUCUUCGGGAUGAUCAACGAAUAAUAGCAUAGAUGCUUAUUCAAAGCAA